AUGGCAGAAAAAGGAGAGACAAAAACAGAUAUAUCGUCUACUGAUGAAAGCGAUAUGAAAUACAAGAAAAAGAAACCAACAUUUUUAUUGGACUGUAAUGACCCUUCUUCAUCGUGCCCUGUGUAUUCUGCUUCUGAUGACGAUUCUGAAAAGAGUAUGAAUAUGAAAGUAACUAAAUCAAAACCGCGUAGAUUAUUAAACGGGUGGUCACCUUCUCCAAGCAAAAUGAAAUUUAAAUGUCAAUCAGACCCUCAAGGAGUUAAAUUUGAUAAACAACUAGGUACUGAAUCUUCGUUAAUGCAAAACAUUGAAAAUGAAAGUGUUCAACCCUCAAACACAGAAUUAGUUGAAUUGGAUAAAUUAUUGAGUUAUGAUGAUGAUAUUAUUAAUUAUUCUAAUGAUUACAUAACUAUUGAUGCCAAUGAUGAUGGUGUAUUUAUUCAAAAUACAACAGUUGCUGCAGUUACAUUGGUAACACCUUCAGAACCAUCAGUUAAUCAAAUAGAGGCUACUGUAGAUAAUCCUAAUGAAAUUAUUAGACCUGUAGAUACAAAUUUAAUGCCAUCAACUUCUUCAUCAUUGUGUAAUGCUCCAUCCACUUCUUCCAGACAAGCAAAUUUAUCCAACUACUUAACAAAACCUUUAUCGAUAUCUAAAUCUAAAGCAAUUGACCAGCAACAAACAAAAUUUAUAGUAAAGCAUUACCAUCCAUUUUCUUUGGUUGAAGAAUCCGAAUUCUGCAAUUUAAUUAAAAUGCUUGCUCCAAACUAUUCUAUGCCAUCAAGAAAAACAGUAUCGAAUAAUUUACUUUUACAAGUGUAUAAUGACACUUUUCAAAAAGUUUCAAAAGAUUUGCAGGAUGCUACAUCAGUAGCAUUAACUACCGACGGUUGGACUUCAAUAAAUAACUCGAGUUUCAUAGCUAUAACAAAAAUUGCUCAAGAAUGGAAAUUAGAAAACAAGAUAUCCGCUGUCGUAACAGAUAAUGCCUCUAAUAUUAAAGCAGCAAUUCGGUUAACAAAUUGGAGGCAUGUUCCAUGUUUUGCUCAUGUUUUAAAUAUAGGCAUACAAAAUGGACUCUUGCAGUUACAGCCAGUUCUGAAAAAAAUUAAAGAUAUUGUAGAAUAUUUUAAAAGAAGCUCAAGUGCUCUUUUAAAACUUAAUAAUAUACAAAAACAAACAGGAGUGGAAGUUUUAAAGCUUAUACAAGAGUGUAAAACACGUUGGAACUCAGCAUACAAUAUGAUGUCCAGAAUAUUAAAAAUUAAGGAACCAGUUCUCUCCACUUUAGCUAUCAUGAAUAAUGAAUUAAAUUGUAUAACCAAUCAAAAGUGGGAACUAAUUGAUUCAGCAUGCAAGUUACUUGGUAUUUUCAAUAAUGUAACAGAGGAAAUGAGUGCUGAACAAAAUAUUACAAUUUCAAAGCAAAACUUAUAUUAUAGAUUUUUAAUUGACCAUUUAAAUACAUUUAUCUAUGAAAAGAAUUCUAAUGAAAUAAUCAUUCAAAUGGCGUCUGAGAUAAAAAAAACUUUAUAUAACUAUUUUAAAAAUUUAGAAGAUAAUGAAAUUCAAGGACAAUCAAUAAUUCUGGACCCUAGAUUUAAAAAAUUUGGUUUUUUCAAUGAAAAUAAAUUUCAAAAUUCAAAAACAAACUUACAACAAAAAUUACAAUCCCUAAAUAUUGAAAAUAAACCAGUAGCGGCAUCCAAUGAACACACAGUGACUGAAAUUGCAUCAACAAGUACUUCAGAUAUUUGGAAAAGUUUUGAUGAACAAGUUAGUUCACUUGUAGGUCAAAACAAUUCAUCUGUUGCAAGUGUAGUUGAAAUGGACAAAUACAUGAAUGAAUGUCUUCUCAGUCGUCACAUGGACCCAUUAAAGUGGUGGUCAGAACGGAAAUAUAUUUACCCUCGGUUAUAUGAGAUGAUGAAGAGAAGAUUGUGUGUGCCAGCAACGUCUGUACCCAGUGAACGUAUUUUUUCUAAGGCUGUCCAAGUUUUGACACAACGACGAAGUAGGAUGACAACUUCAAAAGUUGAAAAAAUUAUCUUUAUUGUGGUUCAGAUCGACAAUCGACAAGCAUUGGUAACCAAAGAUCCGUAA